CGGAGCAGGAGGAGCUGCAGGCAGGAGGAGCAAGCUGCAGAUGUGACUCGCCCCCCUCUGACCUAACGGAGGAAGUCGUCGUCACCGUUUAGCCAGAACUUCCUCUCUGCUCUGACCCGGCCCCAGUGCACCAUGGGAUCUGCAGUCCUCUUUGUGCUCCUCUCCUCCCUGGUGACGUCAUCAGUGUGUGUGGGAGUGGGUGGGGCCAGCCAAGGUGGCGCCGUGCUGUGUCCUCUGCAGUGUGUGUGUGAGACGCGGCCCUGGUACACUCCGCAGUCUGUGUAUCACCAGGCCAGGACCGUCGACUGCAACGAACUCCACCUGCAGAGAGUCCCAGCUAACAUCUCUGCCGACACACAGGUGUUGCUGCUGCAGAGUAACAACAUCUCCUCCAUCACCACUGAACUGCUGAGUCUGACCAACCUGACGGAGCUCGACCUAUCACAGAACCACUUCACACAGGUGAGCUCUAUGGGUCUGUCCUCUCUCGGCCGCCUGGUGACUCUCUACCUGGAGGAGAACCAGAUCGAGGAGUUGGAGGACUUUAGUCUGAGGAACCUGUCCAGCCUGGAGGAGCUCUACAUAAACCACAAUCACAUCUCCUCCAUCGGACCUAAAGCCUUCGCCGGCCUCACCAACCUGCUGCGGCUCCACCUGAACUCGAACCGUCUGGUGGCGAUCGACAGCCGCUGGUUCGAGUCCCUGCCCUCCCUGGAGAUCCUGAUGAUCGGGGAGAACCCCAUUCUGGGUCUGGAGGAGAAGAACUUCCUGCCUCUGUCCCGCCUCCACAGCCUGGUGCUGGCCGGGAUGGGACUGGCCUCCAUCCCCGCCGCCGCCUUCCUGGGCCUCGACUACCUGGAGAGCCUCUCCUUCUAUGACAACCGGCUCAGGUCUGUUCCCCGGGACGCUCUGAGCAUGCUCCCUAACCUCAAGUUCUUGGACCUGAACAAGAACCCAAUCAGCCGAGUCCAGCAGGGAGAUUUCCAGAACCUUCAGCACCUGGAGGAGCUCAGUCUGAACAACAUGGAGCAGCUGUUGAUGGUGGAACGAGCAGCUUUCCAGAACCUUCCAGAAAUCGCCAAACUGGAGCUCUGCAACAACCCGCGACUGUCCUACAUCGACCCGCAAGCCUUCAGUGACCUGUCCUCCCUCCGUACUCUCCUCCUCCAUAACAACCAGCUGAGCCUCCUCUCUGGAGACCUCCUCUCCUCCCUCCCCUCCCUGGAGGAGGUGUCUCUUCACUCCAACCCUCUGCGCUGUGACUGUCUCUCCUCCUGGGGUCCUCACCUCGGCAACCAAUCACAUCUCAAGCUGCUCGAGUCCUCCGUCACCAUCUGCUCCUCCCCGCCUCACCUGAUUGGUCGGGAGCUGCAGGAGGUGGUGGCGGUCGCAUGGGGCGGGGCCGACGGCGGAGGACCCGGAGCCAACAGCUGCCUGCCGCACAUCUCUGUUCACGCGUUUCCACCUGCGAUCAACGUCAGCGGCGGACAGCCAAUCACACUGGAGUGCUGGGCUGACGCUGACCCCGCCCCCCAGUUCUACUGGGUCACGCCCACUGGAGACAAGGUGAGCUCAGAGGCCGUGGCUGCACCAAUCAUAUCAGAGGAGGGGCGUGGCCUGAGCAGGAAGAAGAAGAAGCAUCGCGUGUCUGAGCCGGGAGCGCUGGUGAUCGAACACGCUGAGCCGUCAGACGCAGGUGUGUAUACCUGUGUAGCGUGGAACAUAGAGGGAGCAGACACAAAGAGCGUCUCAGUGUUUGUGGACUCUCAGGGGUCUCUGGAUUCGUGGUCGGACAGGGGGAGCUGGCAGGGUGGUCAGCCCGGCCGAGAGCAGCCCUGGCUGGGGAACUCGUCCAGCGCUGCAGCCUCUCUGGUCGUGCUGGCGAAGGUGGUGCACGCCCAGUCGGUGGUGCUGGAGUGGAAGCUGUAUCCCAGCGGAGGAGCUUCAUCUGUGGGUCAGAACCAGCAGGACGCCCCCCUACCUCUGCCCCGCUGGACCAGCGCCACCGUGCACAUCGACAAUCCUCAAAUCAGCUACACCGCCAAGGUUCCUGUGGAUGUUCAGGAGUAUAACCUGACUCACCUCCUUCCUGCCACAGAGUACCACAUCUGCCUCACCGUCUCCUCCUCUCCUCCCUCCCCCACCUCCCCUUCCUCCUCCCCCAGCUCCUUCCCCACCGCCACCACUCCCUCCUCCUCCUCUUCCUCCUUCUCCUCCCCCUCCUCCUCCUCUCCUGUUCACACCUCCUGCCUCAACGUCACCACUAAGGAGGCGGGUUUCUCUGUGGAGCUGGUGGCGUCGCGGCGCAGCAGCGUGGCGUUGGCGGCCGUCAUGGGCUCCAUGUUCGCUCUGUCCAUCAUGGCGCUGCUGGUGGUCUACAUGGGCCGCCGCGUGCAGCAGCACAAAUCCUGCGGCCACUCGCUGAAGAAGUACAUGCAGCACGCCACGUCCAUCCCUCUGAACGAGCUGUACCCGCCGCUCAUCACGCUUUGGGAGAGCGAGGCCGAGAAGGACAAGGACGACAAGGAGGAGGAGGAGCGGGAGGGCGGGGAGAGGGAGGAGGAGGCGACGGGGAGCCAAAUCGACACAACAAAGACUUACAUGUGGUAGCUGGAGGAGGGAGGACGGGAAGGCGAAGGGGACGUUUUAAAAUUAUAGAAAGACAGACAUGCGAGGAGAGUUUCAGGAGGGACGAGGACGACGAGAAGAGAAACUGGACGGAUGAGAGUUGCAGGAUGCACAUGUGAGAAAGAAAGAGAGGAGAGAGAGAGAGAUCAUGUGACUCAUUGAAGAGCCAGACAGACUGGAGGUAUAAAAUAUUUAAAGAUGUCGAUAACGAACACAUCUGGCUGCUGAGAGAAAAAGGGAGGAGAACUAAAUGACGGAUAAAAACAGUGACGCUCCAUCUGCCCAAAACACAACAUCACACCCAUCAAAUUCACUUUUAAAGGACCAUUCUGGUGUUUUUUUUCAUGUUUUAGACUAUUAACUUUCCAUCCCUGCUGAUCAUAAAUCCUUCAUCAGUUUUUAAAUUGAUUUCCUUCCUUUAGACUCACAUUAGUUUCAUAAAUUUCUAUCAAAAUCUGCAGAGAGAGAAAUAAUCCACCACAGAUGAUGUACAGUCAACUUUAAUUUUAUAAUCAUGUAUUAAUGCAGCUGAGAGCAAACUUCAAAAUCAGUUUGUUGUUUGAGCUCAUUUAAAAGCAACAAGGUGACUUCUGGAAACUAAAAGGUACUUUAGAAUAAAUAAACGGGUAAAUAUGGAUAACAGACAGAAAAAAAGCAGUCAUGUUUUAAAAAGACAUAAUUUUAGUCUAAUCAGUUCCUU